CGAUCAUACGUUAUUCGCUCGACACUGCUCGAAGACAGCAAUUGCGCUUAAAUUCUUUAGUCCAAUUCGUGUUCCUCGAGACGCCAGAGCACAGCUUUAGCAAACAAAUUUUUCUGCAGUUUUUACGUUUGAACGACAAGGACGUGUUAGAAAAUGACGCUACAAGGUGGAAUCUCCUUUGAGAAGGAAUUGAAAAAAAAUUCAGAAUUGAAAGAAGACGAUGUACGAGCGUUAAGAGAGUGGUGUCAAAAACAACCCCAUUUACCGAAAAUAUCUGACAGCGAGAUGGCUCUUUUUCUACACAGUAAUUAUUAUCGUAUGGAACCGACCAAAAAUACCAUCGAUACUUAUUAUACUGUACGAACUCACGUGCCAGAGUUCUUUUCUAACAGAGAUCCUAUCAGUUCUAAGGACCUUCGGAAAGCAUUUCAAACGGUAGCGAAUCUGGUCUUGGAUAAGACUACUAAUGAUGGUUACAAGAUCAUUUAUGGUAGAUUGAUAGAUAUCGAACCGUCGCAUUAUGUUUAUAACGAUGGUAUGAAGUAUCUUAACAUGGUAAUUGAUCUCUGGCUUCACGAAGAGGGCACAUCCAAAGGUCACGUGAUCCUCUUUGACACAAAGAACGUUGCGUUCGGUCACGUGGGUCGUUUAAAUCCUAUGGGAUUAAAAAAAUUCCUUUAUUACUUGCAAGAAGCUUUACCCGUACGUCUUAAGGGUUUCCAUUUUAUGAAUACCUCGCCAGUUAUGGACGUUAUUCUUAACAUGAUGAAGCCUUUCAUGAAGAAAGAAUUGAUGGACAUGUUUCAUAUGCAUUCGACUAUGGAAACUUUAGCUAAGUUUAUACCCUUGGAAAUACUUCCAAACGAGUCGGGCGGACAAGCAGGCCCUUUGAAAGACUUAAACGAUGCUCAAGUAAAGAAAUUAGAUGCCAAUCGUGCUUGGUUUCAAGAGGAGGAAAGAAAUUGUCGCGUUAACGAAUCUCUACGUCCUGGCAAAGGAAAAACAGCAACCGAUUUGUUUGGUGUCGAAGGGAGCUUCAAAAAGCUCGAAAUCGAUUAAACAAUUUUUUAUUAACAAAUGUUAUUUGAGAGAGAAAAAAGAGAUAAAUUUUCGUUAUUAGAAAUAUAUUACUUCAGCUAUAUAUAUACAUAAUAACGAGCAUACACAUACCAUGUA